AUGUUGCGGUCAUCGCUUCGGUCGGCAAGAUUGCUGGGCGGCAAGCCCAUUGCGGCGGCUGCCGGGCGCCAAUGGUCUGUUGCUGCGGCGCGACAGGCGCCUUUGGCCAAGAGAUUCUAUGCCGACCAGAAAAAGACCCCGGUUAUGCCCACGUCCGAGACCCUGACCUCUGAGCGCACGCCCCCUCCUCCCGCCCCGGAGCUCGUCGACAUCACGGUGACGCCCUCGGAGAUCCCCCCCACGCCGCCUCCUCCCCCGCCCGCCAGCCAGAAGAAGAAGGGAUUCUUCCGGAGGCUGCGCAACUUCAUCUUCACCCUCAUGGUGCUUGGCGCGGUCGGCUUCGGCGGCGGCGUCUGGUACUCGCGCGUCAACGACACCUUCCACGACUUCUUCACCGAGUACGUCCCCUUCGGCGAGCAGGCCGUGCUGUACCUGGAGGAGCUCGACUUCAAGAAGAGGUUCCCCAAUGCCCGCCUCGGCGGCAGCGGACGACGCACCGAUCCCGGCGAGAAGGUCAGGAUCCCCGCGCAGAGCGGAGCGUCCUGGAGGGUGGCGGAGAAGACGGAGCCUUCCGAGCGCCGCACGAGCGCCUCUCCCAGCGUCACGAAGCCCGCGGAGAGCAAGCCCGAGGAGGCGCCCAAGCCUGCGCCGCAGCAGGAUGCCGUUGUUUCCAAGCCGGCUGAGAAGGUGACUCCCACAGAGACGUCUACGUCCAAGGCCAAGCCGACCGAGGUCAAGGAUAAGCCCGCAGCCACGCCCCUCAAGUCCAUUGAUUUGAUGUCCCUGCCCGACGCCAAGGAGCCCAUUGUCCGAGAUCUUGUCCACAUGCUGAACGACCUCAUCCUGGUCAUCAAUGCCGACGGUGCGUCCGGCAAGUACUCUUCAACAGUCGAAAAGGCCAAGGAUGAGGUUUUGAGGAUUGGCAGCCGAUUGAAGGAUCUCAAGAGCGAGGCCGAGAAGAAGGCUGCCGAGGAAGUCCGAUCCACCCUUGCCGAGUUCGACGUCGCCGCCAAUGAUCUGAUUCAACGAGUGGAGGGUACCAUGGCUCAGCAAGAGGUUGCCUGGCGCAAGGAGUUCGAGGAGCAGAUGAAGUCCGUCCGCGAGAGCUACGAUGAGCGCGUCAAGCUGCUGAUGGAGCGAGAGCAGAAGCUCAACGAGGAGAAGCUCCACAACCAGCUCCUGGAGCAGGCCAUUGCCCUGAAGAAGGAGUUCCUCAAGGAGGUGGAGGCCCGCGUCGAGGAGGAGCGCGAGAGCCGGCUGGGCAAGCUCAACGACCUGACGGCCGCCGUGUCGCAGCUGGAGCAGCUCACGGCCGGCUGGAACGAGGUCGUCGACACCAACCUCAAGACGCAGCAGCUGCACGUGGCCGUCGAGGCCGUCCGCGCCAGCCUCGAGGACGGCCAGCACCCCCGGCCGUUCAUCCGGGAGCUCGUCGCGCUCAAGGAGAUUGCGGCCGACGACGCCGUGGUGGACGCCGCCAUCGCCUCCAUCACGCCCUCGGCGUACCAGCGCGGCAUCUCCACCUCGUCCCAGUUGAUUGACCGGUUCCGCCGCGUCGCCAGCGAGGUCCGGAAGGCGUCUCUGCUGCCCGACGACGCGGGCGUCGCCAGCCACGCCUCCAGCUGGGUCCUCAGCCACGUCAUGUUCAAGAAGCAGGGCCUCGCGGAGGGGGACGACGUCGAGAGCAUCCUGACCCGCACGCAGACGUACCUGGAGGAGGGCGACCUGGACGCCGCGACGAGAGAGAUGAAUGGCCUGCAAGGGUGGGCCAAGACGCUGAGUAAGGAUUGGUUGGCCGAGGCUCGAAAGGUCCUCGAGGUCCGGCAGGCGCUUGAUGUUAUUGCUGCAGAGGCUAGACUACAGAGUCUGAGGGUGGAAUAA